UCUCUCCCUCCCGCUAUCCCCUCUCUCCCUCUACCCCCUCUCUCCUCUAAUCUCUCUCUCUCAAUCAAAUUAACUGGUGAUUCUGAUUUCUCAAACCAUAGAUUUGGGUUUUUCAUUUUUGAUCCUUAAAGGUUGGUUGAUUCUUUUAUCUCGAUUAUUAAUUAUCAUUUAUUAUUAUUGGAAAAAAAAUGGCGAUGGGUUCGAAGAGGAAGACACCGCCUGGGAUUCUACUUCUGAGGAGAGUCAGAGGAAGAAACUGGAGCCCGAAGACGUUUCGUUACGCGAUUCUAUUGAUCACUUUCAUCGCCUACGCUUGUUACCACGCUUCUCGGAAACCAAGCAGCAUAGUGAAAAGCGUUUUACACCCCGAGCCAAGCACCAAGCCACCGCAACAAGAACACAUCAACAUGCGUCCUUGGCCUUUGGGUGACGUGUUCGUGAAGGAGGAAGAAACCGAUGUGAAUCGUCGCGGCUCUGCUAAUAAAGGAUGGGAACCGUUUAACGGGAAAGGUGGCACGUCGAGGCUGGGAGAGAUCGACGUGGCGUUUCUCGCUUGUUACUCGAUAGGAAUGUAUGUCGCGGGGCAUUUGGGUGAUAGUUUGGAUCUGAGGUUGUUUCUGACUUGGGGAAUGAUUGGGAGUGGGUUCUUCGUGGGGCUGUUUGGGAUGGGUUACUUCUGGGGCAUUCACGCGUUUUGGUUCUUUCUGGUGAUGCAAAUGGCGGCUGGGUUGUUUCAGGCGACGGGCUGGCCGUCUGUUGUGGCUGUGGUCGGGAACUGGUUCGGGAAGAGGAAGAGAGGGCUUAUCAUGGGGAUUUGGAAUGCUCAUACUUCGGUCGGGAACAUUUGUGGUUCCUUGAUAGCUGCUGGUGUUCUUCAGUACGGUUGGGGUUGGUCGUUUAUAGCUCCUGGUUUGGUUAUGUCUUUAGGAGGUGUUCUUGUUUACUUGUUCUUGGCUGCUUACCCUGAGGAUGUUGGCUUUCCGGAUAUCAAUUCUAAUUCUGGUAAGUUCAUUAAGAGGCGCCGCGACAUCGAAGAAGAGGUAGAAGAAGAAGUAGAUGUGGAAGACGAAGGGGAGAGUUCAGGGUCAGGGUCAGGACAAGGGUACGAGAAUAAAAGAAGUGUUGGUCUUUUGCAAGCUUGUAUGAUUCCUGGUGUGAUACCAUUUGCGAUGUGUCUCUUCUUCUCGAAGCUGGUCGCCUACACGUUCUUGUACUGGUUACCGUUUUAUCUGAGCCAAACAACUAUUGGUGGAGAGUAUAUGUCUGUGAAGACAGCAGGAAACCUCUCGACGCUUUUCGACGUCGGAGGCAUUGUGGGAGGGAUUCUCGCUGGUUACAUUUCAGACAAGUUCAAAGCGAGAGCGACGACUGCAGCAACGUUCAUGUACGCUGCUAUUCCCGCGAUGCUCGUGUACCAUUCCUAUGGAGGUGUCUCUCAGACAGUCAACGUCGUUCUCAUGAUGGUUGCUGGUUUGUUUGUCAAUGGACCUUACGCACUCAUCACAACCGCGGUCUCUGCUGAUCUCGGAACGCACAAGUCUCUACAAGGGGAUUCGAGGGCGCUUGCGACUGUGACUGCUAUUAUCGAUGGGACUGGAUCUGCUGGUGCGGCUUUGGGACCUCUUCUGACAGGGUUUCUUUCGACGUUGGGUUGGGAGGCUGUGUUCUAUAUGUUGGUCGUUGGAGCUCUUUGUGCUGGGUUGCUUUUGACCCGUUUGGUUAUUGCUGAGAUUAGAGAGAAACUUGGAUAUGUUGAUGAAGUUACUGCGUGUGAACCACUAUUAAACGAGAGAAGAUGAUGGAGAAGAGAGUUAGGUGGUGUGAAGAGGAGCCAUUGUUUGGGUAAGAGUUUUGUUCUGUUAUGUAAUAAGUAAAGGUUUUGCAGAGAAACUUUUGUAUUCUGUGUGUUUUGUCAGAUAUUAUUAUUUUUUUAUCUCAUAACAAAUGAAAGAACUGGUUUACGUAUUUCUUCUGUGUGAUUAUCA